AUGGCGCCUAUACGACCGAACGCGGCUACGGGACUGCGCCCCUUUCUACGCGCUGCACCUGGGAUACGACCGCCCUUCCUCGCUCGAACCGCAUCGCCACCACAACUACCCGCCCAACGAUGGCAUUCCUCUGUCAACCCAGACGAAGUCUCCCACUUCAACGCGCUCGCCUCCGAGUGGUGGGACCCUCACGGCUCUUCGCGUCUUCUCCAUCUCAUGAACCCUCUCCGGCACGACUUCAUCAAUGCCUGCCUCACGUCACAACCCGAGGCCCGCCCGUCCUCCCUGACAUAUCUCGACAUUGGCUGCGGCGGUGGCAUCUUCGCAGAGAGCGCGGCCCGCCUGCCUUCCACGUCGAGCGUCACCGCCAUUGAUCCCACCCCGUCUGUGCUAGCCAUCGCAAAGGCGCACGCCAAGAAAGAUCCCAUGCUUGCAUCCAAGCUGUCCUACCAACAAAAGUCCAUCGAGGAGCUGCCCACCCCUGAAAAGGGCUAUGACGUUGUCUCCGUGUUCGAGGUCAUUGAGCACAUUGACCAACCAGCUGCGUUCCUCGACAAGGUGAAGCCUUUUGUCCGGCCUGGCGGCUGGCUGGUCAUGAGCACCAUCGCCCGGACAUGGAUGAGCUGGUUCACGACGAAUUUGGUGGCAGAGGACCUUUUGCGGAUUGUGCCACCGGGCACGCACGACUGGAACAAGUACAUCAACGAGCACGAGCUGAGGCGGUACUUUGCAGGCAAGGGAUGGCAUAGUCCAAGGGUCAUGGGAGUGGUGUAUAUCCCAGGCGUAGGGUGGCGCGAGGUCAAGGGGAGCGAGAAGGUGGGCAACUACUUCUUUGCUGUGAGGAGAGAUGCGGAAGAAUCAUGA